AUGGCAGCACAGCCACCCCCCACAGGUCAGCCCCAGGCUCAAGUGCAGAUGAUCCAGAUUACCAGUCAUGUCCUACCAUUUAGACCAACAGUAGUACAACCUAUGGUCUAUACUGCUAAUGGUUUUAUGUGCCCAUUUGCAGCUAGUACAUCACUCUAUCCAGUAACUGCUGUAAGACCUGUCAAGAUGGAGAUACCAGGAUCUACCACAGACUGGGCUAAAGCUGCUACUCAAGGGAUCAGUAUUCCUUAUGGUUACUCCACUAGUUUUUUACCUGUGGAUCAAGGUUUAAGACCUACUACAUAUCCCUUUUUAAUGCCAGGACAAUAUGUAGCUCAAAUGUUCUUAUCCCUCAACAGUUUAUCUUCAUUUGGUACACCAGUAGCACCUAAUGCUACAGUACACCCUAAUUCAGGUAAAAUAGCUCCACAACAGAAGGAUAAGAAACCUCAUAUAAAGAAACCAUUAAAUGCCUUCAUGCUCUUUAUGAAGGAGAAAAGAGCUGAAGUGAUUAAAGAAUGUACUUUAAAAGAGUCAGCAGCUAUUAAUCAAAUAUUAGGGAAAAAGUGGCAUCAAUUAGAUAAAUCUGAACAAGCUAAAUAUUAUGAGAUGGCUCGCGAAGAAAGAGAAGAAAGAGCUAAACACAUGCAGAUGUAUCCAGGUUGGUCAGCUCGUGAUAAUUAUGCUAUUCACAAAAAGAGAAGAAAGAAGAGACCAAAAACAACUGCUAAUGAGGAAGGCAGUAUGAAUGAGGGUGUGGCAUCAAAAAGACCUAAAUCAGAAGACAAUCCUGAUAAUCCUCGUAAGUGUCGGGCAAGAUAUGGAAUGGAACAACAACACAUGUGGUGUGGACCUUGUAGGAGAAAAAAGAAAUGUAUACGAGCUGAUGACGAUGAUGAAAGGUCACAAACAAAAGACGAUGAUGAAAUUGAUGAUAACAAACAAGAGGUUGUUUCUUUAACUGUUAGUGGUACAGAAGCUACUGUUAGUGAAUCAAAACCAAACAUCACUGCAUCAUCAUCAGCUCUCUCAUCUCUUCAUAUUAAAACUGAAGUAGCUACUUGA